GAAAAUAAUCGCUGGAAAUACUGCCUUUGCUGUGUAACCACGGCAACUCCUCCCUUAAAAUGCAACCUCACCAAAGCCCCCAUGCACCGCGGGAAUCGAGCAGGAACGGACGCGCUGUCUGCCGCUUACCUGGCUUUAUUAAUAAACCAAGCUGUUCACGUGCUCAGCCCAGCCCAGCCCAGCACAAUAUUCUGCUACAUUAGCGAGGUAUUUUUGACCGAGUGAUUUUUUUCUUUCUCUCCUCUCAUCCGAGACGGGAGGGAUGCUGUUGCUGCUGCUGCUGCUGUGAGGGAGAGAGGUGAACGCAGUUGGAAAAGCAGUUUUUUUUUCUCCUCCAAAGCUCCUCCUCUGCCGUCGGAGAGCGGAGACCGGUCACAUUUUGCUCAAUGAGAGCAAGAGAUCACCGGAGAGGAUUUCCUAAUUCCACCCUGCUGCUGUGCCGUGCGGCUGUUUUCUCGCCUCUGUCAAAGCAGAGGCUAAUAUGAAGACAUCAUUUGGCAAACCAGACCCUGGAAAGCACCUACAAUCUUUUCAACACAUUUGAAACUGAAGACAACGUCAUGCAUUGUCUCCCGUAAAACCUCCCUGCUCUUCCUACCCAGCCAUUGACAGUGAGGACACCACGAGCUGCACAGACAUGGGUUCAGAUCAACCCUGCAUGGAUGCACUAGAGAGAAGGCCCAUAUUGGGUGCUGCCUGUAAGCGGCAGGCCCACCGGUGUCUGCGGAAAAAGCUGAGGCCAGUGCGAAUCGUGGGGUUCAUCCUCAGCCUGGUGGCCGUAAGUGCUGUCUCCUUCAGUGCCUUGACCUGGAGCUCAGGGGGUUUCAGUGAGUCAGUGCUCCCCCAGGAAAGUCUCCACCAGUCGAUCCCCCACAGGACUCUACUUUUCACCCAACACCAGAGGGACCCCAAUGUGUCAGCCGACAUGCCAACAGCUAUGAAAUCUACAGCAAAAUUCAACGAGAGCCAGGGGGAGUACCCGCCAGACCUUUUCACUCGUGCGGAGAGGCGCCAAGGAGCCGUGGUCCUCCACAUGUUUGGCAUGAUCUACAUGUUCAUUGCCUUAGCCAUAGUGUGUGACGAGUUCUUUGUCCCAGCACUGACGGUAAUCACAGAGAAGCUGACCAUUUCGGAUGACGUAGCGGGUGCCACCUUCAUGGCAGCAGGCGGCUCAGCCCCGGAGCUCUUCACCUCCAUCAUCGGUGUCUUCAUCUCACACAGCAACGUGGGCAUCGGGACCAUCGUUGGCUCGGCCGUCUUCAACAUCCUCUUUGUGAUUGGGAUGUGUGCCAUCUUCUCCAAGGAGAUCCUCAACCUAACAUGGUGGCCUCUCUUCCGAGAUGUCUCCUUCUACAUCCUGGAUCUGAUCAUGCUCAUCAUCUUCUUCCUGGAUAACGUCAUCUCCAUGUGGGAAAGUAUCACACUACUCUCGGCCUACGCCGCCUACGUGAUCUUCAUGAAGUGCAACAGCACAGUCGAGAACUUCGUCAAGGGUUGCAUGAACAAGAACCAAGUGGUAGAAGUAGAAGUACAGCCAAAGGAUGAGAAGGAAAGUCCUGGGGCGCCGGAGGAUGACGGCAAGCUGUCGGCCAGGCCCCGGCUUCAGAGGGGGGGUAGUUCCGCCUCCCUGCACAACAGCUUGAUGAGGAACAGCAUUUUCCAGCUGAUGAUUCACACGCUGGACCCUUUAAGUGAAGAAUUUGCUGACUCUGAGCUUGGGACUUAUGGGAAACUAAAAUAUUAUCACUCAAUGACUGAGGAAGGUAAAUUUCGAGAGAAGGCAUCCAUCCUUGACAAGAUUGCUAAAAAGAAAUGCCAAGUGGAGGACAGUGAGAAGGCCAAUGGGGUAGCAAGCCGUUCAGAGCCCGUCUCUUCAAGCCCCCCUCCCGAAAAAGACCAGUCUGCUCUGAUUGGUCAGCGUUUCCGAGUCUCUGCACCGUCAUUGCAGCCAGGGAAUGACUGUAACGGGGUUAACUAUUUAACAGAUAAGAACCUUCCAAACAGCUCCAGCGUGGAAGUGGAAGUGACACCACCCAUGAAUGGAACAGCAGGUCAAGAGGGGGAGACGGCUGAGGAUGAAGAGGAGGAGGACCAGCCUCUGAGCCUGUCCUGGCCCGAGUCCAACCGCAAGCGCCUCACCUACCUCUUAAUCAUACCAAUUGUCCUCCCCCUGUGGAUAACGCUGCCUGACGUCAGGAAGCCGACGGCAAAAAAGUUCUUCCCCAUCACCUUCCUGGGUGCCAUCACCUGGAUUGCAGGCUUCUCUUACCUAAUGGUGUGGUGGGCUCACCAGGUUGGAGAUACCAUUGGGAUUACAGAGGAGAUUAUGGGCCUGACUAUAUUAGCAGCUGGAACCUCCAUCCCUGACCUCAUCACCAGUGUUAUUGUGGCACGCAAGGGGCUGGGUGAUAUGGCUGUAUCCAGCUCCGUAGGCUCCAACAUCUUCGACAUUACUGUUGGACUGCCGUUCCCCUGGCUCAUGUGGUCCUUUAUCAACGAACUGAAACCGGUGCAAGUCAGCUCCAAUGGCCUCUUCUGUGCCAUUGUGCUCCUCUUCAUCAUGCUCCUCUUCGUCAUCAUCUCCAUCGCCGCCUGCAAGUGGCGCAUGAGCAAGCUGCUCGGCUUCAUCAUGUUCAUGCUGUAUUUCGUCUUCCUGGUGGUUAGCGUCAUGCUGGAGGACAAGGUGAUUACCUGUCCGGUUUCCAUCUGAGGACCUUGGAGGACCCAUUUACUCUCCCUCGUCACCACCACUACCACCACCAACACAACCAUACUUCUUGUCUGCCAUCGCUCUCACCCGACCCUUUGUGAUCCUUUACCCCAGGAAUAAAAAAGAAGAAUAAGGAGGACUGGACAAGAGAAUAAAGCAGUUGGUGGCGAGAAGGGAUUAAACCCACAUGGGCACAAGACUAGGGCUUGGCUGGUUUAGCGUAGGCCUAACCUGAGUGGAUUUUUAUUUAUUAUUAUUUAAUUAGCAGGUGAGGGGAGGUUCUGUGUGUAUCAGCCAAAUAUAGAAGCAUUAUGCAUGCCAUUAGUGUCAAUAGACAAGCUCGAAUCCAGACCACGCCUGGUAGGUUGAGGAGGAUGACCUCCUGUGAACUUUGGGGGGAAAAACAAGAUAUGCGCUGUAUAAAACUCUUAAUAAUACAUGCAGUGGCUGAGCUGAAAUUGUGAGCAUAUUUGAACACACACACUAGUUCAACAGACUAAGACGCUGUCGCCAAGAGUGGAGUUUGUGGAUGAGGAAUUGGCAGACUGUGUGGGUGAAAAGUGUUUCCCGUCUGAUGGUAUUGAGCGAAAAGACUCUCCUGUGGGCUUUGCACCUGAGCAACAAGGGAUGAAACACUCUUGCUGGGCAGACAAACUUCUUAUUUCUUAUUUUGCUAAUUCAUAAUGCUCAAUGGCGAGUUUAAGCUUCCCGUCUCCCCUGCCGGAUGUCAUUUUUCACCACUGAAUGUCUCUUCAGAGGAUUCUUCUUCUUUUUUUUAAUUUUUGGAUUCAUUUUCAUGAAAUACAGUAUAUAGAAGUAGCAUUAGAUGUACUGUAGCAGUAUUAGGCAAUGUAGAGCCAUUUCGACAAUCUGCACCUCUUUUGUUCUUUUGCCACUGAACACAUUCUUCUGACUGUACAGAAUUUUCCAUGCUUCACACGCACCGACUGACAAAGACAAGAAGAAAAAAAGCCUAAUUGAAAUUUAGCCUCUUAAAGUAUGUGUUAGCCUUCAAUAUCUUUCACUGGUUGGAAAAAAAAGGCAUGAGUACCUUAGGCUCAUAAAAGUUCCGUAAUGAAGUCAAUGUCAAAAUAAUACAUUUGAAAAAAAACUUAACAGUGUUUAAGUGUCAUAGUUGAUUUAGAUUAUUCAAUGUGUAGUGCUUUGUUCACAGUAGAACUGGGCUCAACUCACUGGCUAGUCAAGCUCCUGGGGUAGUAGUUUCAAGGAGUCAACUGCAUGUUAAAGUAGACACUUGGAGGUGAAUAAUACCAAUCAACAUUUAAGAAGUCGUAUACCUAAAUGUAUACUUUUUCAAACAUGUUUCAUAAGUUCUUCAUGCAAACCAGUGCUCAGUCUCUAUGUAGAAAGUGUCAACAUGUAUGGUCAAUGAUAUCUAUCAAACUUGUGCAAUUUCUUUUCUAAUCAAAGGUGCUUUUGUGUGCAUGUGUGCAAUCUGCAUUUAAAGUCAUCACACAAUGACCAUUCCUUAUAUUUAUCUAUGACUAGAGGUUAUACUACCAGUAUUUUGCAACUAAUUGCAAAAAGAAAUAUACACCAAAUGGUGUUUUAUACUGGGAAUAGAAAUCAUAACCACAAUCUCUCCUUAAGCUACAUAGAAUGUGGAAAUCACAAAUUUAACAGCAAUAUACCGUGUGUGUCGUUGAGAAUCGCAACCCCACCCCCACGACCCUCCCCAUGCGUCUGUCCUUGCUGUCCCUCACUGUCUUUCCUGUCUGAUGUGGUCUCACACCCUACAACAAAAAAAGUGUGCUGCCAUUUCCUCCUAAAACGGACCCCUUCCUGUUAGAGCUGGCCAGUAACACCUGCUUUACCUCAACACAGCCUCUGUACAGCAGCGGAGUAACUGUAAAAUAAUAGUAAAUAGAUUCUCUGAAUGUGUGAGGAAAUGCAUGCAAGGAAUUUGGGCUGGUUACCCACUGACUGUACAGCUGAGCUUACUAUACUAACUAUAUAUGUUCACUUUUAUGCAUCAAUUCAAAAAGAAACACCAAGAACUUAUUGGUUUUACUCUGUAAAUAUACACUCCUGUUUGUUUGUUUUUUUGCAAGAACCAAAUGGCUCACACAUGUAUUUUGUUUAAUAGUGGAUGGGAAAGGUCAAUGAUAUGCUGGAGGCCCUUAAGUAUUAUAGUAUUAUUGAGCAAAAAGACAACUCAAGAGCAUUUAUUUUUAGACUACUCCACAUCUUAUUAGCAUGCUUUACACUGUAAACAUGCCUGUUCAGCAUCUGGUAAGAAACGAGGCUAGUAAUUACCAUAUUGCUUCCUCGAAUUCAACAACAGUAGGGUACUAUGUUUUCUGACACUCGGCAAAGAUUGCAAAUGCACAGGUAAAAGAAAACUAUGAUUCAUGCAAACCAAACUCAUAUGUUAAACUGUUAUUUGUCCUCUCGUAUAGUAUAUCUCCUUGAACAUUUCCACAACCCAGAUUCAUAGUCAAUUUAAGGCUUCUAUGAUGACUCAUGUACUUUGUGAAAUUCUCCUGCACACAUUUGCCAUUAAACUUUCCUCAGAGCGCCCACACACUCUCCUUAACAUAACACCUCACCUUAAGUUUUUACUCGACCCCUCUUUAGAAGAAGAGUUAGACAUUUUGGGAAAUGCACUUUUUUGCUUUCUUGCUAAGAUGAGAAGAUGGAUGCCACUUUCAUGUCAGUGCGGUAAAUACAUAGCUAGAGCCAGCACCUUAGCUUAGCUUAGCUUAGCUUGGUACAAAAACUGGAAACUAGCUAGUCUGGCUCUUGUGUUUUCAGAUUUUGAGAAAGGAGAGGCUUGGUCCAAUGAAGAUUUAACAAAAAGAUGUAAUAUCAAAAUGGCAUGACAACAACAAGUUUUACACUGCAGCGGGCUGAAAUAGCGGUAUCUCCUACCGGAUCCACACCUUUUCAGUCCCUCCCUUUUCCUACGCUGCUCACUAUAUUCUCCUGGUGAUGUGGGCGGUUCGUUUUCCCCACGUGGCUUUGGAUCAUUUUGCAUUAGUCCUUCGUUUGGUGCAGUGACAUGUCCAUGCCCCUGAGCGCAUCCCAUUGGAUCUCUUCAUUGCCCCUAUAAGAAGGACGUACUUUUAAAUUCAUAUGUGUUCAAGGUUACCCUCAAGGUUAUAACAUGGAGAUGUAAAUUCUUUUCAAGCUACAGGAAUAAACAUUCUUUGGUCUUAUCUACUCGGCACACCAGCAGGGGUCGGCUCUAAGACAGAUAAACAAAGGAUUUCUUCCUGCCGUGUGACAAAAGAAGGGCCACCCCCUCUAAACCUUAGGAGAGCAGUCAGACAUGAUUUAAUUAACUUGAGGAGCUUAGGAAUCUGUAUGAAAGAGAAGGAUAUUGAUUGGGUCUAACAUUAUUGAUACAAUUCUUCUGCCUAACCCAGCUGCAGCAUAUAUUGUUAAUACAUUAAAACAUAAAAGUACAUUGACAUCAAAGAUCAGCAUUGUUUUAACAUUUUUCAACUACACUCUAUAUCCAAAGGUAACAAAAUCCACCUACAAGCACCUCUUAAGCCAACUAACUAACAUGUUAUAUCUAGUUUGUGACAUGUCUAUGUAUAAGUGUAAAAACAACAAGGUGUGGUUUUACAUUGGCUUAUGUGCAGGCCAAGCUAGCUGUUUCCCCGUUUCCAGCCUUUGUGCUAAGCUAAGCUAACCGUUUACUUGUGGUAGCUUCAUAUUUACCGUACAGCCAUGAGAGCGGUAUCAAUUUUCUUGUCUAACUCUCGGCAAAAAGGCGAAUACGUGUAUUUCCCAAAAUGUCUAAAUAUUGCUUUAACAGGUUAACAGAUAUUUUGCUACCACUAGCCUACAUGAGCAUUCUGUAUCUGCACACUUCCAUUGCAAAAACCUACUGUCAAGACAACAAUUAUUUUUUUCUUUCUCCAAAGUUCCUAUGGUGUUUUUAUGUGAAAGCACGAAUGGUGAAGGAAAAAACUAAA